AUGGCCGGUGCAGCUGCCUACCAUUUCCUGAUGUCUGGUCUGCCUGUCAGCCAGCCGCCUAGUGUUGAGCCUGCCAAGAGUCCGCAUGAUGAUGAUUUCGGGGAGUUGCAGCAAUCUGCUCGCAUGGAAGUGCAGUGGAACCCUACGCCUGCUGACCUCAUGAAUGCCGCAGAUGAGCCGGUUGAGAAGAUGACUCCUCCUGCCACAAGUUUGUGGAUUAUGUUGUCUCAGGCCAGACCUCUCAAGCCCAGUGCCAGGUCAGCGCCGUUGGAUUCUUCCGGGGAAGAUUACCCAGAGGUGCCGCCAUUGUUGGCAUUGGAGAAUCGCAAGACGCUGUCGUUGGAGGACAAGCCAAGAGAUGCUCCGAAGAUGCUGGCAUUGCAGGACAAUACCCCAAUUUCAAUGGCUUUGGAAGAUGGAAUCCCAGGUGCACCAGAAGAUGCACUCCCAGGUGCACCAGCAGCUGAGCUCUCCAAAGAUGCCAGCCUAGCCUCAUUGGACAAGACUUCGAAGCGUAAGACUGCAGAGCCAGCCAUUCGGCAGCCUGUCAAGAAGCCGAAGCUGACUUUCGCAUCCCGCUACUGUCCCGGGCCUGAGCUCGGAGCUGCAAAGUGGCGCGCAGCAAGAGAUGGAUUCGAGACCAUCCGCGAAAGGCUGAAGAGCCCCAGCAAAGCUGAGGACAAAUUCUUCAAGUUUUGCAACUCCAAGUGGGCAGGAGAGAACGACCUUGAUGUUAUCAAGAAGUCAGCUGAAGAGCUGGCCACUCAGUUUUUGCAGCAGCUGCCGGGAAAGUGA